GCGCGCGCGCGUAGUGGGGAAAAGAGCAGUGGAAGUAGUAGUAGUAGUCGCCCGCAGUCACCGACGACGGCCGGCACCACUGCAGCGUGUGUGUGUUGUUAUAUUGCACGUACGUAGGCUAGAUUAUUAUUAUUAUUAUUGUUAUUAUUGUUGUUGUUGUUAUUAUUACUACUACCUCUGCCCUGCGACGAAGACUAGGGAAAAGACGCUAGCUGCCGCCACACUAGAUCAUCGCUGAGCGACACGAGCCCUAUAUACACUGGUAAAGUUAUUUCCGGACCGGAAGAAACGCUUUUGUCAAUAUUAUCAAGCACGUCCGCCGUGGAGGUAAGCCCCGUUCGUAAAUAUUAUUAUUAUCAUUCGUAUUAUAAUAUUAAAACGGCGGUUGCACAUUGCAUUAUUCGCACUGCUCGCGGAAAAAAACGUUUCCGGGGCACCCUCACCCCGCCGCCUGCACCUGGCGAGUACCUCCACCCUAGGACCGCCUGCACCCCCACCCCGAGCGCGAUGCACUCUUCGCCGGCGGUGCAACAGGCGCACCACCUCCGUCAGCAGAAGCAGCAGCAGCAGCAGCAGCAACAGCAGCAACAACAGCAACAACAACAGCAACAGCAACAACAACUCCAAUCUCCAUCGUCCAACAACAACAACAUCAACAACAACAAUAACAACAACAAGGACGACAUGGCCAUGGGACAACUGUUGCAGAGAUCACUGCAGAACGUCGCCCUGUCGCUGCACACCACGUUCGUAUCGUCCCUGCAGCAGGCCGCACUCCUGCCACCCGACUCGCCGGUGGCCGCGGCGCUCAACAUGCAGGCCCUCGAUUCGUACAUCACGCUGCAGCGGCUGACCGCCGUGCCCCGUCCACCAGUGGUGACCGCGGUGACCGUCGACCGGGCGCAUUCUGCGGGCAGCGUGAUGGUCAAACACGAAGUGUUGGACAACGAUGACGACGACAGCGGAGGCGGAGGCAAAAGCGGCAAUCCGUCCUCGUUGGGCGCCGGAGACGACUACCUCGACGACCAAGAUGACGACGACAGUGAUCACGACCAUCACGACGACAGACCGACGCCUGUGGACGGUAGCGGAAGUGCAGCAAAAGCCGCGGCCACGGCCGCCAUCGUAGUGACCUCGAGUAGAGGAGGCCGUCUACCGGCGUUCUCCAAAGAGCUGUCCGGCCUGUCUCCCAGAGCAAACAGGCUGUCCGCCUCGUUGACCGCCGCCACCGCAUCCGUCUGCAUCACGACACUCGACGACGAUACUCUGGUCACGGCUACUGCCGCCGACGAACCCAUCGCCUCAUCGCGACACCUGCACCACUACCAGGACAACAACAACGGACCCGUCCCUCGGCCCAAGAAACAGUUCAUCUGCCGGUUUUGCAACAGACACUUCACCAAGUCGUACAACCUUCUCAUACACGAGCGCACUCAUACGGACGAGCGGCCGUACUCGUGCGACAUUUGCAAAAAGGCUUUCAGGAGGCAGGAUCACCUCAGGGAUCACAGGUACAUUCACUCCAAGGAGAAACCGUUCAAGUGUCUGGAGUGCGGCAAAGGGUUCUGCCAGUCGCGCACGUUGGCCGUGCACAAGAUCCUCCACCUGGAGGAGUCGCCGCACAAGUGUCCGGUGUGCAGCCGGAGCUUCAACCAGCGGUCCAAUCUGAAGACGCACCUGUUGACGCACACGGACAUCAAACCGUACAACUGUCCGACGUGCAGCAAAGUGUUCCGCCGGAACUGCGACCUGCGCCGGCACAGCCUCACGCACAACCUGUCACCCGUGUCCGCGGCUGUCCAGCUGGCGUACGCCGCGACCACCGAACUGCAGUCGGCCGCGGUCAUCGGCGCCGCGCACGAUCGCAACAACGACGCGGCCGCGGACGACUGUGACCGCUGAUCUCAUUUUGUUUCCGAAGGGAAGAAAAACUUAAUUUUU